AUGGCGAAGGCUUACGAUAGGAUGGAAUGGGGGUUCUUAGAGGGUAUGUUACUAGCGCUUGGAUUCACCCGUGGGUGGGUUGAUCUGGUGUUGGUAUGUGUGUCCUCUGUUAGGUACAACGUCAUGGUUAACGGGGAGGCUGCAGGUACGCGUAAGGAGAGCCAAGGGUUGUUACACGGUGUGAAGGUGGCCCGAGGUGCACCCCCGGUGUCACAUUUGUUUUUCGCUAACGAUAGCCUCCUUUUCUUUAAGGCGACUGACGUUGAGGCUCAAGCUGUGCGGGAAUGUCUUGACCGGUACGGGCAAGCCUUGGGGCAAUUAGUCAAUUUUGACAAGUCAAGCAUAAUGUAUAGCACAAAUACCAUGUCUGGGGUGAGGGAUCGUGUGGGCGCGUCCUUUGGGGUUCAGGAGGUAGAAGGUUUCGGCAGGUAUUUGGGUUUACCAUCAUUUCUUGGUAGGAAUAGAACAUCAGUUUUUCGUUAUAUUGAACAGAAGGUGAGGGAGAGGGUCAGUUCUUGGCAGAAAAAAUUACUUUCCCGUGUUGGGAAAGAGGUUCUGCUCAAGAGUGUUGCGCAGGCAAUGCCAAUUUUAUCUAUGUCUGUGUUUCUACUUCCUACAGUUAUAUGUGCUUCAAUUGAGAAUAUGAUGAACAGGUUUUGGUGGCAGCAUGGUGGGGCUACGAGACGUGGACUCCAUUGGUUGAGUUGGAGGUGUAUGGCUUUACCAAAAUCCUGUGGUAGUAUGGGUUUUAAGCGUCUGCGUGAGUUUAAUGUGGCACUAUUGGCGAAACAAGUUUGGCGCAUUCUUACCGCACCUGAAUCUUUGACGACUAGAGUGUUAAAAGCCAGGUACUUCUUCCCUAAUGACUGUUUUUUAAAAGCUAGGCUUGGUUCCAAUCCUAGUUAUAUUUGGCGUAGCAUCCUAGCGGGGCAAGAUUUGCUUCGCAAAGGGGUUGUGCGCAGGGUUGGUGAUGGUGCUGAUACUUUGAUUUAG